GAGGCGGUCUGGGGGGAAGCUGUUCGGCUGGCCAGUGGCGUAUGUGUGCGAGUACCCGGAAGACUUGCGAGGAACGCAGCUGAAGGACUUCCACCUGAGUGAACUGGCUUGCAACACGACACUCUUGCUUGUGACAGCUCUGCUGCUGACACUGGUGCUGGUGGCUGUCGUGGCCUUUCUGUGCAUCUACCUGGACGUGCCGUGGUACAUGCGGAUGACGUGGCAGUGGACGCAGACGAAGCGGAGAGCUUGGCACAACCAGCCCGAAGAGCAGGAGAUGGUUCUGCAGUUCCAUGCGUUCAUUUCCUACAGCGAGCGUGACUCGUUGUGGGUGAAGAACGAGCUGAUCCCAAACCUGGAGAAGGGGGAGGGCUGUGUACAACUGUGCCAGCAUGAGAGAAACUUUAUUCCUGGCAAGAGCAUUGUGGAGAACAUCAUUAACUGCAUUGAGAAGAGCUACAAGUCAAUCUUUGUGCUGUCUCCCAAUUUUGUGCAGAGCGAGUGGUGUCACUAUGAGCUGUACUUUGCCCAUCACAAAUUGUUCAGUGAGAAUUCCAACAGUUUGAUCCUCAUUUUACUGGAGCCGAUCCCUCCAUACAUUAUCCCUGCAAGAUAUCACAAGCUGAAGGCUCUCAUGGCAAAGCGAACCUACCUGGAGUGGCCGAAGGAGAGGAGCAAGCGUGCCCUUUUCUGGGCUAACCUGAGGGCAGCU